CUCUUCAGUCCGCCGAUAAACCCACUAAAGGAAGAAAGAAAGGACUCGUGUGACGUGUUUAUAAUUCAAGUGUCUUUUAAGAUGAUUUUUUUCUAUUUAUUUCAUAUCUUGGGUGCCAGUUUCUCUUAAAACCAAAAGGCCAUUUUCUCCAUUUCCACGGAGUUCGGUCAGGAACAACAACAUUCGAUCAGCAUGAAUGCAUUUGAGCGUCGCGUUGCCGCGCUCGUGCAAAUAUAUCCGCACCUCUACGAUCGCGCGCGUCGAGAGUUUACAGAUCCGGAGAAGGGUUUUAAUUCAUGGAAGGAAAUCGCAGCCAAGCUCGGUGUCGACGACCCGAAGAUCUGCAAAGCGUCGUGGAAAAACGCCCGAGACAAGUUUUGCAGUGCAAUGAAAAAAGAGAAGGCAGAGAGAGGAGAUGGAGCGUCGAGUAACGUUACCAAGGUGCCCAAGCGGUUUUUCGAGAUGUCCUGGCUCAGACCUUUUAUUCAGCACCGACCGACUCAAUCUAACCCACCAUCUACUCAAAAGGUGUUGAGGAUGACGUCACAGACGUGCUGUAAAUCAGUGGGAACUGAUCUGUCCAUGCUGGAUAUUGAUGAUUUCAUCACAGAAAUCUGUCAGCUGAAGAAAGAGGUGGCGUUACUGGAGGAAAAGCUGAGGACAAGAGGAGAUGAACUCAACACUGAGAAGUCCAGACACACACAGGACUCGGAGCUCAGCCUCACUUUACUCUGUUAUACUGACACAAACCCCACAGACGCUCAGGACACUGUGUGUGACAGUAAUCACACCUUGAAUCAGGAUGAAUCUACUGAUCAAACCUCCACAGAGUCUCUGGAUUCUGUCUGUAACGCUGGAGAACAGCAGAUCCUGAACACCAGACCACUCAACAUGUGUUCUGUCACACUGAUGGACUGCAGGAAACUCAUGGAGAUCAAAACAGAACCCACAGUGAAGGAAGAACAGACUGAUGAAGACGAGAAACAUGAUGAUGAUUUUGUGCCUUCAGAUGAGAGCGGUGAUUCAUGUUGUGAUGGAGAAACGGCCUCGACAUCAAAACAUCGACUGACAGCACAAACUCUUUCCUGCAUCACCUGUGGAAAGACAUUCAGUUCACAGAGACGUUUAGAGACACAUGAGAGAAAACACACAGAACAGAAACUCUUCACCUGCACCAGAUGUGACAUCAGCUUUCCUACCUUACAAGAGAAGAAACUUCAUUCACAAGAGCACAGACACCAGAAACACUUUCACUGUCAGCCGUGUGGGAGGAACUUUCUCUACUCUAGUAGUCUGAAACGUCACAUGAGGACACACGGUGACGUAAAGUCUUUCCACUGCAGUGAAUGUGGCAAAUGUUUCAGCCGCAAAACUAAUCUUGUUCUUCAUCAGAGAACUCACACAGGAGAAAAACCGUUCGAGUGUCCUCACUGUGGGUGGAGAUUCAGCCAUGGAGGCAAUCUGAAGCAACACAUGCGUUUACACACCAAUGAGAAACCGUAUGAGUGCAGUGAAUGUGGUAAAACCUUCACACAGUCAAGUUCUCUAAAGUCCCACCGAAGAACACACGCUGGAGAGAAACUCUAUCAGUGUUCACACUGUGAUAAACGCUUCAAUCACAAACAUCAGCUCACAUGUCAUGAGAGAACUCACACUGGAGAGAAACCUUACCUCUGCUCUCACUGCGGAAAGAGAUUUGCUCAUCCAAGUUCUUUCAAAGAUCAUCUGAGAGUUCACACUGGAGAGAAACCUCAUCACUGCAGUGUUUGUGGGAAGAGAUUCAGUCGACGUGACAUUUUAGUGACCCACCAGAGAACUCACACUGGAGAAAGACCUUACAAAUGUUCUCAGUGUGACAAGACGUUUACUCAAAGAGUUCUCAUGAGAAUCCAUCUGAGAGUUCACACUGGAGAGAAACCCACCACCGCUCCAUCUGCGGCAUGUUUAAAACCUCUGAAAAAGACCACAAAUGAUACAGAUGGCAAAAACACCAGCCUCAUGUUAGAACAUCUGGAAAAGCCCACAUGAAAUUAGAAUUUAUAAGUCUUGUUUUCUCUUUACUGUGGUGUACUAACAGCGGCUCUUUAUGUCUCUACAUUCUUAGACCAAUCAGAUUUCUCUCUCAGAUCAGUUGAUGUGCUGUGAGGUUCUGAUGGACUCCAGCAGAUGUUAAUACUGAACACAUCAUGGAUUCACUUUGACUGGAUCAUUCAUGACACUUUAAUGACUCUGUUGUACAUUUGGACUACAUUUAUGAUUCUGUUCCUUUAGUCAGUGACAUAAAUCACAUUCUUCAUUAAAUUGUGUAUUAACUCUGGUGAAUUGUCUGCUGUCCUUUGUCUUGUGAGGCAUCCAGGGACACAAACUUGACCUUGUACAGUUUCAGAACAGACAAACUAUGAUGUAUUUACUUGACGUUGGCUUGUCAUUUGGUGUAAGAUUAAUUUGUCCAGAGUCAGAACGUGACGGAGAGCAAAAAUGCGUGAAAGAUGGUGACAUUGAAAAUAACCGGCUUAAAUAUUGGAUUAUUAGAAUUCAUUAAUAGGACAACCAUGAUAGAAAAUUGAUGUAUGAAUCCUAUUUUUUGUUAUAUUCCCUUAUUUUUGUGGUCCAGGGUCACAUUUCUUAUCUUCGUCAGUAUAGGGAGGCUCAGAGAUGACGUAUUUUUGUAUGCAAAACCCGGAAGCAAUAUAGCAAUUUAGGACUUGCGGUUCCAUCGCUCCAAAGUCUAUGGGUUUUUUAAAAUAUUUUAUUAUAUUUAUUAUACUUUUUUUAAUAAAACGUCCGAAAUAAGGUCUGUGGUAGAGAAAACUUCUAAAUAUUUUCACGUUUUAUUCUGGCAUAAAACACACCAAUUGUAACCUGCUUAUGAUUUUUAAAGCCUAAUUGUGUCUUAAAAAUGGCGGUUGCUAACAAGUGACUACUUCCUUUGGCGGGGACGUUAGACGUCAUCGCGCAUAUAAAGCUCACAAAUAAUGCAACAUGGGCACAAAUCUCUUAAAACGUAGAUGCAGAUUCAUUCACAGAGUAAUUACUCACCAGGGAACACAUUUUUAAUCAAGUUUGAAAGAGUUGUCGGAGGCUUUGUGGUGUUGACGUUGAUAUCGAGCGACCUUAAAUCGAUAUUUCAGUCAAAAUUUCCCCAUGUUUUACUCACCCUUAAGGCAUCCUAACUUAAUAUGUCUUUCUUCUGGAAGAAUACUGUAGUCAGAGUUAUAAUUACACAUUAUCGUUAAUAGCCUUGUCAAUAUGGAUAUUUCUCUUAAACAAACGCAUGGAUUCGCUUCAGAAUACCUUUGUUAAGACCACAGAGCCGUUCUUUGAUUGAUGGAUGCACUUUUUGGAACUUCAAAAAUGUGCCCACCAUUCUACCGAUUGAAGUAAAAUGAUACGUGGUAUUAUAACUCUGACUACAGAAUUCUUCCAGAAGAA